AAUGGACCAAUAAACAGAGGAAACUUUGAAUUCAGGAAUUGAAGUUCAAGUGUGUGAUCCCUUGGUAAAGAAGGAUGGACUUAAGAAUUAUGUAGUUUACACACUCAAAGGUUAAGAUAAAGAGGGCCAAUUUUGUGUAGUGCGUCGAUUCAAUGAAUUUGAUUGUUUUAGGUAAGUUCAAAUACUAUGUAGAAUAACUCUUCAAAUACGAUGGCCUGGAUGCUAUGUUCCUCCUUUACCUAUAAAGAAAUCAGUCGUAAGUGUUGUAACCUUAUCAAAAGGGAAAUAUGGAUUAAUAGUUCAUUGAUGAGAGAAUGCAUUAUCUCAAUCUCUUUAUGGCGAAGAUAUCAACAAUCAAUCAUUUAUGGUAUUCUGAAGAAACUAAGAUAUUUAUAAAAGCGAAUGGCGAUAUUGAAAAAGUAAUCAUGUAUUAAUAUUCCUCUAGCAAUUAGUUUUAUUAUAAAAACCAUCUGCUGGUGAUAUCAUCUACAAAUAUGAAACAGUAUUCAAUGAUUUUUCAGGCAAAGAGAUCAAUGAUCAAUUACUCUCUAAAAUUGGCAAUUUCUCUUUGUUCUUAAAGAGAAUUCAACCAUAAUUAGAAACUUUUUAAUAAUAAGCCAAAUAACUUGUUCAAUCGAGGUAAACGUAUUCAUCAAUAUUCAAGGCUACAAUGUUAAGAAAAUAUGAAUCUUUUGUUAGACUAUUUAAUGCCAGAAUAUGAAAAGAAUUGUUUAACCGAAUAUGUUGUGAAUCCAGAGAAUAAACUUGUGUUUGUUUAACAUAACACAGAGUUAUACCAAUAAUAUGUUUUUUAAUUUUUAAUUAUUAGCGAGCAGCCAAUGAAAAGAGUGCUUUAGACAAUUUUGCAUUGUCUAUAAAAAUAGAAACCAGAGACAUUGAUGCUGUGCUUGAAGCUAUACUAUGCAAAGAUAAAUAUGAGUAGAUUAAACAAAUCUAUAUGACUAAAUUAUGUAGUUUGAACAAUGAGAAAAAAGACAUUGAGAAUGGCAAAACUACAUUCAAAUCUUUAUUCAAUUCAAAUAAAGAAGAAAUCUUCUAAAAGACUUAGCAAUAAAUUGAUAAUGUAAUACAUUUAUUACAAAUAAUCGAAAGAUCCAAAAAGAGAUUGAACAAUUAACCAUCUUGUGUGAUAUGAUAACCAUAAUCCUUGGAUAUGUAAUUUUGCCUAGAUAUAAAGUAUUUAUUGUAUCAACCUAUUUAAGCAAGAGAAAGAGAAAAAUUAUUACUAAUUAUUAAAACAGAUGGCACAACAUCAAGUUCAGAAAGCAUAAGCAGAGAGAAAUUAUUGGUUAGAUUUAGAUAAGAAUCAAAUGUUUAUGGAGGUUUGAAAUUGAUAUAUAACAUAACAAAUAUUAAAUAAGAAUCUUU